AUGCAUGAGGGGGCUGAAGCGGGAGCAGAGGUGCUGACUGUUCUCUACGGGACGCAGAGCGGCUGUGCUGAGCAUCUGGCGUUUACCCUUACCUCGCUGGCCUUGAAGCGGGGGUUUAAGCACUGUCGCUGCCUGCCUGCCGAUGAAUUUCUUCUGGAGUCAUGGAAGGAUUCAUCUCCACUGGUGAUCAUCUGUUCCAAUGCGAGUCAGGGAGAGGCGCCAGAUUCGAUUCGUGUCUCGUGGUCGAGACUUUUGGAACCGACAGCACCAUCUAUGGAAGGGUUGCGCUUUGCAGUAUUUGGUGCAGGUGAUUCCCUCUACCAAAAGUUCAACUACAUGGCCAAGAUGCUUCACAAUCGUAUGAAGCAAUUGGGGGGUGAGCCGAUCAUCAACCGAGGCCUUGGCGACGAAAGUGAUGCCAAGGGACAUGAUGAGGCCUUUUUUCCAUGGAUUGUGCAGCUCUGGAGGGCGUUGGGACGGUUAAAUGUGGACGAACCCGGCCAAAUCACUGAAGACUUCUUUAAGUUUCCUCUUCUCACAAAGUAUAAUGUUUCGUUUAUUGAAGACUCUGUGGCAUCCGAUGCCAUUUCCCAGAAGGCUCUUUACAAUGAGGAGACUUUUAAUUGUGUUGUGAAGCAGAAUGUCCGCCUUACGGCGAAGGAUCAUUUCCAAGCAAUACAUCAUAUGGCAUUUUCCCGGGUAGUUACUUUCCUUGAAGGGGCUGUGGAACGAAGCGACCCUCUUUCAUUCGAGGUGGGUGAUGCGUUGGGUAUUUACUGCGCCAAUAGUGAUGCAGUGAUCGACAGCUUUCUUGCGCAAACGCAAUUAAGUGGCGAUGUGGUGAUUUGUGUGACUCCGAACAUCUCGGAGGGUCUUAUUCAACAGCGUUCUCAGCCCUUUUUUGGACGUCCUAUGAGACUUCGAUUCUUUUUGAUGCAUUAUGUCGACUUAGAGGCUGUGGCGAGUCGCUCCUUCUUUAGCAUGUUGGCACGUUUUGCAGGGGAUGACGAAGAAGUCCGAGAACGUCUAUUUGAGUUGGCUUCGUCGGAUCAUUUAGAUGAUUUUAUGUCAUACUCUCAUCGAGAAAAAAGAAAUGUCGUGGAGGUUUUAUCCGACUUUCGACUCGUUCGACCACCGCUUUCUUUUUUACUUAGCUUCAUGCCUCCGAUGCGCCCACGUAUUUUUUCCAUCUCUUCUUCGCCCACUUUUGAUGUUUCAGAGAUUCAUCUCACGGUUGCCCAGUUGUCGUGGCAAACACCCCUAAAGCGCAGCCGCAAAGGGGUUUAUAGCUCUUAUCUAGCCGCCGCCGUGCCUGGGGAUUUUUUCACAUGUUUUCUUUGGCGUGGCUCCCUGCCCCUGCCUUCCAAGCCGGUUCCGUUGAUCUGCGUGGGCACAGGGACCGGCAUUGCACCUCUGCGUUCUCUUAUCCGUGAAUGUGCGGCUGCGGGAAGCAUCUGGAGCGAUGUUCCUUUGCUUCUUGUUUUUGGUUGUCGCCACGAGGGGAAGGACUACAUCUACUCGAAUGAAUGGAGCGAGCUGAGUAAGGAUCGCUUAAAAAAACUAACGGUGUUGCCGGCUUUUUCUAGGGAUGGGGAUAAAAAAUUUUACGUGCAACACCAGCUUGGUCGUCAUGCAAGGCGUGUGGCAAAGUUGCUGGACGAAGGGGCUUAUAUUUACGUGUGUGGCAAUUCCACCCCGAUGCCCAAAGAUGUGGCAAUGACAUUUGACGAAAUUGGCACUCAGUGUUGUUGUUGUGGGAACGAAUUGCGAGGUCAAGAGUACAUGAAACAGCUCCGGAAACAAGGUCGGUACAUGGUGGACUCGUGGUCGGCGUGA